AUGUCACCGCGGCCGAAGCUCUGCGUUCAUUGGGCAGAGUUGCUGUCACUCACACAGCGGAGGCGGUGGAGGCGGUGGCGGCCAUUUUGGAGCAGGGCGCGGGGCCGGACGCAGCGGAGGGAGCGCGGAGCCUCCCCCGCCGCCAUGGCAGCGCCGCUCGGUACCGGCGCCUUCACGGAGGAGACCGGGCGGGACAAACAGGCUGCCCAGCCGGAGCCCGGGGCCGAGCCCAAGGGGAAAUACCCCGGGCUGGGGCUGAGGCCGGGAGGGGCAGAGUUCCUCAUGAGGAGGCUGCAGAAAGGGCAGAAAUAUUUCGAUUCUGGCGACUACAACAUGGCCAAGGCCAAGGUGAAGGCCAAGCAGGUGCCGAGUGCGGGGCCUGGCCAGGACCUGGUGACGGGAGCCCACAUCCCCACGCCCCAGGACCUGCCCCGGAGGAAAUCCUCGCUGCUCACCAGCAAGCUGGCAGGGUAGCUGCCCUCUCACCUGGGGGCUGCCCUCUUUUUGUCUCGAUUUUUGGGGUUUUUCCUUUGGCUAAAUGGAUGGGAUUUCACUGUGCCGUGGGGGUGGGAGCACCGGAAUCCAUGUGGGUGUUGGAUUUUCCAGCAAACACGCCCCGAAGAUGAGUGGGGAGCAGGGUUGGGUUGGUCCUUCCUCGCCCAGGGGAUUUGCCUUAAUUUUGGUGCUGUUUGGGACCAUCCUGGCUCCCGCUGGAGCUCUGCAUCCCACUGGGAGAAACCCAGGAGGGGCAGGGCUGAGGUGUGGGAUGGGACUUCAGGGGUUGGGGUCACAGGAGUGACCCCAGAUCCCACAGGAAUGAUCCCAAAUAUCACAGGAGUGAUCCCAGAUCCCACAGGAGUGAUCCCAAAUAUCACAGGAGUGAUCCCAAAUCUCACAGGAGUGAUCCCAGAUCCCACAGGAGUGAUCCCAAAUAUCACAGGAGUGAUCCCAAAUAUCACAGGAGUGAUCCCAGAUCCCACAGGAGUGAUCCCAAAUAUCACAGGAGUGAUCCCAGAUCCCACAGAAAUGAUCCCAAAUAUCACAGGAGUGAUCCCAGAUCCCACAGGAGUGAUCCCAAAUAUCACAGGAGUGAUCCCAGAUCUCACAGGAGUGACCCCAGACUUGGAAAAUAUGAUCCCAGAUUUGGAAAAUGAGAUCCCAGCUCUGGAAAAUGUGAUCCCAGCUCUGGAAAGAGUGAUCCCAGAUCUUGAAAUACUGAUCACAGAUUUAGAAAGAGUGAUUUCAGAUCUGGAAAGUGAUCCCAGACCUGGAAAGAGCAUCCAAACUUGAAUUUAUUUUUUCCCCAUUUUUUUUCCCCAUUUUUUUCCCUUGUGUUUUCUUUGUCUGAAGCCUGGGAAAAAAAAAAAACCAAACAAAACCCCAAAAUUAACACCAAUAUCACAACAAAACCCCCCAAAUUAACACCAAUAUCACAACAAAAAAAAUCCAAAUUUUACAAAAAUUCAAUUCCAGCCCCUUUGUGACACGCUGGCUGCAAACCCUCCUUGGGUGUCCCAGCUAUGUUGUAAAUAGAUAAAAAUAUAUUUAAAUAUAUAGAUAUAUAUAAUUUUUUUUACAUGUUCG